AUGGGGCGGCACCCCGUUGCAGCCCACUUCCCUGAAAGCCUCAACAUCGUGCCUGUGGAAGGGCUGGACAGGGUCUCAAGCACGACGUAUGACUACGUCAUUGUGGGGGGAGGUGCGGGGGGCUGCCCUUUGGCUGCCGCUUUGGCAGAGGACAAGUCUUUGAAAAUCUUGCUGCUCGAGAGGGGAGCAUCUCGGGAAAAGUACCCAGAGACCUGGACCCAGCUCGGCUGGUUCGAUCUGCCCAAUAGCGAGGCCCUCCAGCUGUCUCGCGAAGCAAAUGGGGUCUGGUUCGCCAGAGGCAACGUCUUGGGUGGGGGCACCUCGGGCAACCACGGCGUGUGGGGCCAUGCAACUGGCGAAGAACAUCCGGGAGGAAGGGUUGGAUCCCGAUGCGAUUCGGAGCACGGACGAGUACCUGGGCGCCCGCUUGACCCACCCGGACAUCAAUGGCCCGGUGAAAAUGGCUGCCCACAAGGCCUGGGAGGAGGUCGGACUGGACCCGAACGGGGGAUCACCCCGAAGCACGUCCGCCGCAUCAAGACUGUCAUGCGGACGUGGACCUGGGAUCAGAAACGUCGCGCCACUGAUGAGCUGCUGGUUGGACUGGACAACGUCGACAUCGUUACCCGAGCACUCGUGUCCAAGGUCCGGAUCACCCAUACGGACGGCGACCUCAAGGCGGUGGGCGUCGACUUCACGGCCGCCGAUAACGCCGCCCGCCGCGCUGACGUCACCUUCGGCCCUGGUGAGGUCAUCCUGUGCGCGGGUACGGUGGGCCCCCCCCAGCUGCUCGUCCUGAGCGGAAUCGGCCCCGCGGGGGCGCUGGAAAAGCUGGGACUUUGCCCCGCGGGGGCGCUGGUUAAGCUGGGACUUUACCCCCUGGUCAACCUCCCGGUCGGGCUUAACCUGGCCAAUAACCCGCUGAAUACGAUCGCGGUCCAGCUGAAGGAGAAGAAUGAGGGGUCCGUUAACUCACCGUUGCGAUUACGGAUAAGCAUAUUUUCAAGCGUGGCUGGGGCAAAAAGGGGCGACGCAUGCGGCGCUGUGGGGAAUGGUCUCGAUGCUGCCCCCCGCCCCGCGCGCGCGCGAAGCGAGGGACGCGAUGACGGCGGCAAACCUGGCGCUGCCGGAAGAGAACCAGCCGGAGGAGCUGAACCGCAUGUUCGUGCUUGCAUUGAAGCUGUACCGGGUCAAGUCCCGGGGGGCGGUGACCGUCACCUCCACCGACCCCGCCGCUGCGCCAACAGUCGACUUCGCGUACUAUUCGCCCAUCCGGACAACUUUUCGGACGCCGUUGAGGGCGUCCGAGUCCUCAAAGCCGUGAGUCCGCCCUGAACUCCCUUAAAUGCGAAAACGUGCCCGGGACGCUCCUCCGGCUGGCGCCCGACCUGGCGAACCUCCCCCCCGGGGCGUACCGGGGCGCCUUGCCGCUGAUCCCCGACCUCGAUGACGAGUCAGCGGCUGCCACGUGGCUGAAGGAGAACGUGUGCACGAGCUGGCACAUGCACGGCAAGUGCCGGGUGGGGGAGGUCGUGGAUGAGGAGCACCGGGUGAAGGGCGUCGGGGAACUGCGCGUCAUGGAUGCGUCGGUCUUCCGCGACUCCCCGGGGACUAACCCCAUGGCAACGAUCAUGGCCGUCGGGUGGGCGCUCGGCCUGCGGAUGCGCAAGGAGCGGGGCACGAGAACGGGUGACGUCAGCGAAAGCGGCU